CAGAUGGUUGAUCUAAUAAUAAUGGUAUAUUAUUUGUUCAUACAAUUCCUAGCAUUUAUGCAUUUGCUCUCUUAAUGUCUUGUGCUAACAAUUGUUCUUUUUGUAGGCAUGGCUUCAUCCGGUUCCAGGACGAGGCCACCGUGCGCGGACCAAGAGGACAUGCCGAAGACGUGGUUGGAGGCCAGUUUGGACAAGAAGAAGGAGAAGGAUGUGCCCACACCACCAUGUUGGUGUGGUGAUGUUUGCAAGCUGAAGGUGUCCACUGACCGCAACAAGUCAUGGACAGAAGGUAGAAGGUUUUUCGUGUGUCCCAACUAUGCACAUGAUCGUCGAAGGCCAACUAACGCAUAUGACAUACCACCGUCCCCUCCUCCACUUUGCAAGUACUUCACUUGGAUAGAUCACGAGGUACCAAAAGAUAUCCAAGAGGACCAACGUGCAGAUUGGUUACGGAGGCAGCGCCUAUUCGAGGAGUCCUAUGCACGGGGAUUGGAGCGGGAGCGUCGUGAGAAGGAGGCUCGUGAGCGCAAGAAGCGUGAGCAAGAGAGGGCACGCAAAGAGAAGGCGGCUCGUCAAGAAGAGAGGGCAAGCAAACUUGCAAGGGCUCGCGAUGCACGAGAGGAGGACGAGGCACGUGACAAGAAGGGAAAGUGGCCCCGGACUACUCAGUAGACAAAUGGAAAGGCACCGGCGUCGAUGAUGAACUGUCGAGACUUUGUUUAAUGUAUGAACUUAUUAUUCGAGACCUUGUGUGGUCAUGAACUAUUUCUGUCAUUCGAGACUAUUUGAGAUUAUGUGCAAACUAUGUUCGUCAUUCGAGACUAG